AUGAUCGGACAGACAUCCCUGACGACCGCAUUCUACGACGAUCCUUUCGAGAGGCCACCGACGCCUCCCGACUCACCGCUCCGAGACAGAUUCUGCCCCAAGAGCGUCGCGUUCCUUCGUCAUAUCGCGCCGCCGCCGCCGGGCAUCGAGCCUGCCAAAGAUUGCAGAGGCCGCCCCCUGCCUCUGCCUCUGGUGGAAGCUGAAGUCACAGACAGAAUACCACUCAAAAAGAAGCCUCAAGUGCCGCCAAAGCCACCGGGGCUGGAAUUCUACGUCUCCAACCGAUCGAGACAAGGCAGCACUGUUGACCUUGACUCCGCCACCCAGUUCACCACGAACUUUUCACCGGGCCAACAUCUGGCGCAGCAUGAGUCGUGCUUACGACAACAAGAGUUCUGCCUCGACUUCAACAUGGGCGAUGCCGACCAGACCGUCUCGACAGACCUAGAUAGGCCGUGCUGUCACCGGCACGAGACCCUCUACAAACGUGAACUCCUGAACGGAGUGCCUGUCGAAAUUCUCACUCAUACCUGCGAGAUCAGCCAUUCUCUCGGGAGAAGCCCAGCAGCUCAAGAGGUGGAACACUAA